GGCUUUAGGACCAUGGGGGAGGCAUCCACUAUAUUUACAACACGCACACGCACGUGCGCACGCACGCCUACUGCCUCGGAGUGUAAACUUGCAGCAGCUGAUGCUCUUCCACAGUCAGACGGACACCUGCUCUCUCUGCUCCAUCUCACGCAUCUCACUGUCACGGCGGCGGCGGCUCUGAGCGCGGCAGCGCGCGCGCGGGACACAGAGCCUCGGAUGGAUGCAUGGACGGAUGGAUGGAUGGACGGAUGGAUGGAUGGAUGGAUGCACUGAUGCAGGAUCACGUGUCUCACCUUGGGAGGAGGAUUUGGUGCAGGAUGUCUGACCCUUGACCUUUCUGAGAACUUCAAAGGAGGAACAAAGGAAAUCCAAAGAGUCCCAGAAGCUCUGAGGAGGUAUGGAGGGAGAAGGAGAAGACAGGAGAUGGACAGAGGAGGUUGAAGUCUCCUACAAGCACUGGAGGACCCCACCUCGGGGGGGUCCAGGAGGAAGAGUUUCCUGCAAACAAAACGGCCUGAUUGACACACAUCGAUUGGGGGCGGAGCCUACAGAGGCGCUGCUGCCAGCGUACACGAUUCCUCACUGCCAGGGUCACGAAGGGCUGAGAGAACACAGCGGGCCUCCUCAGCUCCUCAACCCUGGGGCUCUCCUUCCUCACCAAGCUGCACCAGAACCCAUCCUCAGGCCGGCGCCGGGCCUCCUGCUGUGCAGGGAAAGCCUCCUGCAGAUGUGGGGGGAGGCCGGGGGAGGCGACUGCUGCGAGACCACCUUCAUCGAGGGGCAUGGACACGACAACUCCGCCCCCUGCUCUCCGAAGGAGGUGCUGCUUUAUGCGGACUCGAAGUUUCUGGAGUAUUCCGGGGAGGGGGCGAGAAUUCCCUCUCUGUCGUACGACAUCGACGACGAUGACGACUUCCAAGAGCUGGAGAGCGACUACUCCAGCGAAUCAGAGAGCGAGGACGCCUUCCUGCUGCUGCCUCCCAGAGACCACCUGGGCCUCAGCGUCUUCUCCAUGCUCUGCUGUUUCUGGCCUCUUGGCAUCGCCGCCUUCUACCUGUCCCACGAGACCAACAAGGCGGUGUCCAAAGGAGACUUCCACCUGGCCAGCUCCAGCUCCAGGCGGGCUCUGUUCCUGGCCGUACUGUCAAUCACCAUCGGCACAGGUAUCUACGUGGGCGUGGCCGUGGCGCUAAUAGCCUACUUCUCCAAGAACCAUCAGUGGUAGCGGGACGUUGAAGGGCGUUUCCACAUCCUCACCUCCUUCUGCUGCUGGCGGUGUUGGAUCACCGCGGACAGCUUUAUAACGUCACGCACACCUCUGGACCAACCGGAUCGAAGCGUGGAUGGAGGCGGUUCUUCCACGAACUUCCUUAAAAGUUCAUCAAGGUUGGUUGAGCAGGAAAGAAGUCGGACUCUUUCAGGAGGUUCCAGGUCUCCAGACAAACUCUGAAAAUGAUCUGAAGACGCCACGGACCAGAACUCCUGUUGUAAAGUAGAACAUUUCCAUCUAAAAUGUUUUUCUCAUGAACAUUUCUUAAUGACAAGUCACUGGACUUAAACGAUGACAUCACUGAUCAGACAGCAGCCUCGCCUCUUCUGACGCCUUCUGACAAUCUUUUAUUUUGAAAUACAGGAAGUCCACCCCGUUCUGUUGUUUUUUCAAACAAUAAAAUCUGCAUUUUUUCCCCAUCUCUUAUAUAUUAAGAAGAAAAUAAACACAUUCUGUGGGC